AUGGAUCUUCCCGAAACGAGUAGUGUCGACUAUUUGAUCGUCGAUUUUAGUGCCGGUGAUAAAGAAAACGUUUGCCAGAUUUGUGGCGCAACUCCGGCUGGAAAUCAUUUCAAUGUUAUUUCUUGCCGACCUUGUAAGUUUGGAAAUUUUUGUUACAUCUUAGACAUGUUUUUGUGUAUUGGUUUUGAUUUAAAAAAAAAGUUUAUCGGUUAAUGGAAAAUUUUUGACUUUUGUAUUAUCGGGACAAUCUAAAAUGGAAAGUUCUAGCAGUAAAAACGCUUUUUUGAUGUUUGAUUCCAACAAUAGAGUAUUGAUGACUUUAUUAUCCUUUUCGUUUGGUGCAAGCUCAAAUAACCAGCUGGUAAAAUACAACCUCUUCUUUGUUGCCUUCAAUCUUAAAUUAAAAUAUGUUUACUUGCAUAUUUUUAACCGAAACUUACAGGUAGCGCCUUUUUUCGUCGCACAGUGGUUUUGCAGAGAAAUUUCACAUGCAAACUAAGAGGAAACUGCCCGAUAAAUAAAAGUAAGUGCAAUUUUUUGGUGUAAUUUCGGCGAGCUCAACUUCAUUUGGUGUAAACGGCAAAACUGAACUUUUGAUUACAAAUCUUUCAGAUAUCCGCUCAAUAUGCUCUCACUGCCGUUUCAAGAAAUGUAUUUUCCUUGGAAUGAAUACCCACAGUAAGUGACUGAUGAUGUCACUUUUUAUAUUUCUAGACAUAAACGUAAAUUAUGACAAGGCAUCGCCCAAGAUCUCCCAAACCUCUUUAACUGCAGCUCCCAAGAUCUCACCCACUCCGGUUAUGGACAAAAUGAUUGAAGGCUAUCGUUUAUUCGAUGAAGAAAGUCGGAAACUAUUUUUUGUUUGUAAUCCAGAGGAGUUGUUUUCAUCGGAAGAGGAGAUGUUCAAACCCGACACUAUAUAUGAAAACCUGGUGUACCACAGAUCACAGUCGGUCUAUAUUCUUGAAAUGGCCAUGAACUAUUACCCCGACUUUAAGGAUAUUGAGACGGAAGCCAGGGUGUGUUCAGAAUUCAACUUUUCUAUCUUUUUUUUAAGAAACUUAUUUUUAGAAGCUACUCAUUCCGCUUUGCAAGGCUCCGGGUAUUCCAUCUGAAUACAAUGUACUUUGUUGACAAUGCUAACCGAGUUGUAACGCAUUUCGGGCGCUAUGUCGACAGGCAUAAGCAUGACAUCUUUUUCAGAACUGAGAUUGAUCCAAAAGAGAGUGAACGGUAAGCAUAACAAAAUAAUAUAUGGCUCUACCCAGGCUCAUUUCAGGAUGCUAAUGCCAAUCCAGCGCCACGUAUUCAGCACAGUCUCGAAGUUUAGAAAACUCAGAGUCGACGAAUUCGAAGUGGUGGCUUUAUCAGGGCUCAUAAUGUGGAUGGAAGGUAAUUCAAGCCGCUAAAUAUUCAAGUCGCUUUCAGCCAACCAAUUCUUUGGGGACUCCCGCUACAUCAUGAACUCGGACCAUCUUCUCGCUGAGCUGUCUUGGUAUGAGAAAAACAAGCACGGCGAAAAGAAAGGAGCGGUCCGAAUGGGCCAAAUCUGUUCAAUUUUACGAAAUAUCGAGGAGCUCGUGUUGGUCAUGAAAGUAGCGAGGCAUUUCAAAAUGUUUCUGACCAAGUUCGGAGAUCCUGGAUUUCUGGAGAUGCAGAGGCAGAAGAUGAGAAAUGCGCAUUAA